AUGGCACCUUCUUUCCAUGCUCGUUCAAACAGUUUGCCCUCUAGACCACACCCUCUCGUUUUACGAUGCAAUGAACACAUAGACAGAUUAAAGGCUUCUUGUGAAGCCUCUUCUUCAUCAUUGCUUGUCCAUAACAUAGAGGGCCUGCGAGAUUUACAUGAUUGUGUUGAAAACUUGAUUCAACUUCCCCUCAUCCAACAAGCCCUCCUCCAAGAGUGUGAAGAUAAUUUAUUAGAUGAGCUUUUGGAUGGAUCAUUAAGGCUCAUAGACGCAUGUACCGCUGCCAAAGAUUCAUUGCUUCACACAAAGGAGUGCAACCGCGAGCUACGAUGGAUUAUAAGGAGAAAAAAAGGAGGCGAUUUGGAGGAAGCCAAGAAGUUCUUGACUUCUAGGAAGGUAGUGAGAAAGGCCAUCCUGAAAACCUUGGGAAACAUGAGGUGUUCAACUAGAAAAAGCAGCUUUUCCCCUACAAACUUGGCCUUGGUUAGCUUGUUAAAAGAAGUCGAAGCUGUCACUCUUUCUGUUUUCAAGUCUUUGUUGAGCUUUAUCUCUGGAUCAACACAAGCAAAAUCAAGCAGAUGGUCUUUGGUAUCAAAGAUCGUCCACAAUCCCAAAACGGUAGCAGAUGAAGAGAAUGAAUUUGCACAAGCAGAUGCGGCACUGCAGUUUUUUGUACUUAGCUUGACCAGCAAGUCAGUGUCAGAAAACACAAGUAAUCUGCAAGCUCAGCUGGAAAAGCUUGAGUCUCGAACAGAAGAUCUUGAAGAAGGGCUUGAGUUCUUGUUUAGGCGUUUGAUUAAGAUCAGAGUUGCCCUUCUUAAUAUCUUCAAUAACUAG